AGUAGGAUCCAGUCGCAACCAGCUCGCGCCGGACGGAGCUCAAUGCUUCAGCCGCCGCAGCGGGGCGAGGAGGAAUUCAACCGCAGAUCAGCGACGCCGCUAUGGCACGGUGCUACAACGUCCCAUCUUGUUGUAUUUUAUCCUCGAGCCGGAAGCCAGAUGUUGCAAUUCGGCACCUGCACUAAGCAGAGAGUGUCCAUACCAACGAGGAGGAAGUAGGAAGGAGGAGGAAGGAAAGGAGUCAUGGGGAGGAAGCCACGAACGCGGCAGGCCUCGUCGUGUCCUCCGACAACGGAGCGGAUUUAUAUCGAUCUCUCUGACGAUGCGGUGCCAUUAAAGACUGACCUGACGCAGGGGAUUCUCGUCAAGGCGGAAAAGCGCGGGCGGAAGAGGUUGCGUGCUAAGGCCGGGGCUGAAGUUGUCGCUCUGCAGUUGGAGGAGAAUGGGCAAAGCGAUGGGAGGGACGCCGAGGAGCAGGGAGGAGCUGCAUCCGACGAGGUAUUGAAGCCGGACGUUGAGCUUGGCAAUGGCGAGCUCAAUGAGGCUGGUCAUUGUGAAGCUGAAGUGGAGCCCGAGGCUCCGGUGGUGAAGGCGACCGAGAAGAAGAAGAAGAAGAAGAAGAAGAAGAAGAAGAAGAAACAGCAGAAGAAAAAAAAGGGGAAAAAAGAGACGACACAAAAUGAGCUUGCUAUGCAGGCAAAUGCCAGUUCUAGUGCUGUGGACAUGGAGGACUCCAAACCUGCACCAGAUGAACCAGCAGAAUCGAAACUUCUAGAUGCUGCAGAGAGUCUUGCAAUGCGCAAGCUGCUUCGUUCUACUCGGUACUUUGAUCCUCCAGAGGAUCAUGGGGAGACGUGCUACAACUGCGGGCAACAAGGUCAUUGGGCAGCUGAGUGUACAAAGCAGGCACGGGAGAAGCCUUGCUAUGUGUGCGGCAACUUCGGUCAUUUUAGUUACGAUUGCCCAGAGAAAACAGAGUGCUAUGAAUGUGGAAGCACUGGUCAUGUGGCCAGAAGUUGUCCAAACAAACAAUACCUGGCUUCCAACGGCACUGGGGUUUGUCUUCUUUGUGGCAGAUUAGGUCAUGACAAAAGUGCUUGUUCUGGAGAAUGUGACCUUCAAGAUUUUGAGCAAGUGCGAUGCUACAUCUGCAAGCGAACAGGACAUAUGUGCUGUAUCGACGUCUCUGACGCAUCUCCAACUCCUGUUUCUUGCUACCGAUGUGGUGAUCUUGGGCACAGUGGAGUGGCGUGCAAUAGACUGAGCAUGGACAAUCGAGAUCAAACUGCGUGCUAUAGAUGCGGGAAUGAAGGUCACUUUGCCCGAGAAUGCCAACGCUCAAGGCGAGACUGCUAUAUCAAGAAGCGGCGUCAUUCAUGGCCAGCUCCUUGGUCUGCGGAUAAUGGAACCAAUGGUGAGCAGCAUCCCGUCACUCCAGAAUGCAAUGUUGAGUGUGCUUCUUUUAAAAGCCGCCUGGAGCAAGAGUCUUCUGGUAAGAAGAAACAACAUAGUGAGAGUAAAAAGAAACACCACGAUGAGAGUAAAAAGAAACAUCACGUUGAGACUAAAAAGAAACAUCCCGAUGAGAGUAGAAAGGGACCAAAGCGGAAACGGAAAGAAUCUGAGGAUUGAUGGAUACCUAGGUCUUCAGAACGACGGUCAGCGGAAGCGAUUACGGAAUCGAUCGAGGGAAGGAAUUGUGGCAAUCCUUUGAAGCUCAGGUGCAGUAUAACUUUCUUGCACUAGAGACACAUGCUUAGCCAAACCUUUGUACCAUAGCAUUUUUGGUUUCACGGUGGAGAUUCUUGCAGCGGUGCAAGCUUGCAAGUCUAUCAACUUUGCAACCACACAGCCGGUACAGCAAGCCAUGAAAGAUUCUUUAGAAUGAUCAGAACGUCAAGUUUACGAAGAUGACAAAAUCUGGCGCAACAUAUUUUGUUGUUGAUAAACUCAACAUUGUAUGAAUUGCCACACUGGCUGUAAUCGGAUUGUUUUACAGUUCGAAGAUUUAGAACUCAAGGUGCACAAGAUGCCGGACCCUGAUUUAUUCUUUGGGAUGACUUUCCUA